AUGACACCCUUACACCUCAGCUAUUUUAUAGCAUUUAUUAUCAGCAUAACAGGAUUUAUACUACACCGAACCUCUUUAAUUUCAACCUUAUUAUGUUUAGAAGCCAUAAUACUAUCAUUAUUUAUCGCCACAUCAUUAUGCCCAAUUCAACUCCAAACCACAUCAUUUAUAUUAAACCCUAUAUUAAUCCUAACAUUUUCAGCAUGUGAGGCUAGCCUUGGAUUAUCCCUACUAGUAGCAUCAUCACGAACCCACAACCCAAACAACCUACAAAACCUAAACCUAUUACAAUGUUAA